CUCACGUAUUGAUGGCCAGCUUCUUCAGGGUCACGCGGGAGCUGUACACAGAAAAAUAUUAAUAAAGCUUCACAUCCAACCAGUCGAAAAUACAGAGCUGAUAGUCCUACACUGCACACCCAGUUUUGGAGUACAUGUACAUGUAAACGCGCAUGUUCAGUGAGUGAACUGACCGUUUGCGCGUGGGAUUUUCAGGACACGCGCGAGAACCGACUGAUGCCUUUUGUUGAACCAUGGACGAAUGAGUACAUGCAGGGGUUGAUUCGUCGAUCAGGAUCGAUGCUUUAUGUUUCCAACGCUGGCGGACGGAGCUCGGCUGAUAGAAAUAUGGUGAUGCCGGUCGGUCAUGGAAAUUCCUCUAUUUAGCUCUCAAGGCACUCUCAAUAAACAACCGUCUCGUCGACAUUAAAAACUGAAGAGAAAUGAGCUCUCUCAAGGGAAGCUCCCCGACGAACAGCAGGUUUGUGCUGAAGAUGGGCUCGGUAAUCGUAGCGCUCCUGACUGCGGUCGGUUUGUUGUUCGCCGGUGUUGAACUUUCAGGUGAGUACCGUUUGCGCAGCCCUGGAGCAGUUGUUGGCAAGAAAAACGAUCAGGGUUCACUGCGCAAGCUUCAAAUUGUUACAUCGGGCUCAUUGGAUGGCUCAGAUAUUUCCGAGGAUGUGCGGGCUAAGCAGGAGCGACGGGACCCAUUGCCCGAGAUCCAGCGUACGGCGCUGCCACGUGCGCCACAUCAUGACCAACAGUACUGUACCGACACUGAUGUGGAGAGACGACCCGGUAAAAUUGUCCUGACCACGACAAACAUCGCCUUUAUAGAACUGACCGACAACUGGCUGGAGAGUGUCCAGCGAACCAGAGCUUGUCCCAACAUCACCGUGGUGACAGAUGAUGACACAGCAAUGGCACACUACUCCAAUAAGUCUUUACGAUAUCCUGGACUUCACGUCCGGAAAAUUAAUCCAAGAAAGAUCUCCCGAAGUAACCCUGAAUGGGCUUCUAAAUCUCAAUUUAUGGACAAUCGGCAAAGAGUCGCUCUGCCAUUGAUACAGAACGGUUACGAAGUUCUUUGUACCGAUGCAGACAUGUUCUGGCUCCGAGACCCCUAUCCUUACUUUCAGGACGAUUUCGACGUUGCAGUUCAGCGAGAACUCCCAAACCUUUACGACGCUGGUUUUGUCUACUUCAAACCCACCAGGAAUGCGAUUGCGUUUCUCAUCCAGUGGAUGGAUGCCGUGAGGACAGGGGACGAAUCACUAAAGCCCAGCCAGGCGAUGAAUGAACUCCUCAAGAGUAAAACGAUCCCGGAGUUGCAGGUCAAAGUGUUACAUUCGGACAACUUUCCCAACGGGAAGCUGUUCUUCAAUGAAACAUGGCGAGCGAAGAAGGGUGAAAUUAUAGUGGUGCACAAUAACUUGGACACUAAACUUGAUGUGAAAGUGAAACGCCUCAAAGAGUAUGCACGCGAUCAACUGCGAUCCACUUGAGGUUUCGUCUAAGAGAGGGCGCGAUUGUCACCUUUGCACUGCACACAUAUGCAUGGGUGCGUCCCCGGCCCCGGGCCCAUACAUACUCGAUCGUGCACAGGCCAUGACUAGUUCAGGUUCAAUAGGACAUCACUGCUGCAUCAUUCAAGACGUGAGCAUCGAAAGUGUAUACUGUGCAAGCUUGUACCUCCCCUCUAAUGAUGGAGUCUUCCUCAGCAUCUGACAAUUUACUGGAAUUGCCAACAGAAUUGCAGUAUGGCAUACUCCAGUAUAUCUCAGCCCAAGAUCUGUGCCACAUGGCACUUUGUAACCGAUUCUGGAGGAAUAUGGCCAAUCAGGAUGCCCUCUGGCGCCCUCUUUGUCGGCGUAGAAGUUGGGAGCGUUUUGGCACCACAGAGGAUCUUUGCAAGGAGGUGUCAACUGCUCUGCAGGGGGGCAGCACUAGUAUUGCCUUCCCGAGGGAAGCAGUUGUAGCUGCUUCCGACUGGCCUACGCUGGCCCAGACCUGCAAAUGGAAGGAAGUGUACAUGAGAGCGCAGCACCUUGAGACCAACUGGAUCAACAACCGUUGCCACACUGUCUCCUUUGAGUUCGGAGCAGCCGGCUGUCGUGAAUAUUAUUAUGAUACUGUUGAGUCUGAGUUGUUGGAUCCAAACAAAACUGAUGAUUUGACAGUGAGCAGUUUGGAUGUUGAAGGAGCCUGCCUGGCUGGGAGUCUCUCAAAUGGCACCCUGAAGAUCUGGGACAUGACAACGGGGGGUUGUCAGCACACCAUUACAGUGAAGGCUAGCGGGAGCGCUAAUUCCUUGAAGGUAAAGAGUGGCAUCGUAGCAGUUGGAUGCACAGAUGGCCGGAUCCGAACCGUCUCUGCCCAGACUGGAGAGAAGCUGCAAGUGCUGGGAAAGUUUUAUCAGGAAGUGACUCAUGUCCUGUUUGAUGGUGAAAUUAUUGUCAGCACAGCCCAUCCAGAGGACGAGCACCAUAUAUAUAAUGUUAGUAGUAGUGAAGAGGAAAGUGAGGGUGAAGAUGGCAAUGACAGAGGUGAUGGUGGAGAUGAUGACAGUGAUGGGGAUGAUAAGGAUGAUUUUGACAAUGAUACACCUAUUUGGAGGGCAGAGGAGCGACUGCGGUAUAAUCUUAAGGCGAGGAAGCCCCUCUCAAGAUGGAGUCUUCCUCAUUUCAAUGUUUACUGGAAUUACCAACAGAACUGCACCAUGGCAUACUCAAGUAUCUCUCAGCCCAAGAUCUGUGCCACAUGGCACUUUGUAAUCGAUGCUGGAGGGAUAUGGCCAAUCAGGAUGCCCUCUGGCGCCCUCUUUGCCGGCGUAGGAGAUGGGAACACUUUGGUACCACGGAAGAUCUUUGCAAUGAAGUGCCGAUUUCUCUGCAGGGGGGCAACACCAGUACCGGUAUUGCCUUCCCGACUGAAGCAGUUGUAGCUGGUUCCGACUGGCCUACGCUAGCCCAAACCUGUAAAUGGAAGGAAGUGUACAUGAGAGGCAGCAUCUCGAGGCCAACUGGAUCAACAACCGUUGCCACACUGUCUCCUUCGAGUUCGGAGCAGCCGGCUGUCAAGGAUAUUAUUACAACAUUCCAGAGUCUGAGAGGUCGGAUCCAAAUAAAACGGCUGACCUAGUUGUGAACAGUCUGAAUGGUGAAGGAGACUGUCUUGCUGCAAGUCUCUCAAAUGGCUCCCUGAAGAUGUGGGACAUGUCAUCAGGAGAAUGUCAGCACACCAUCAGAGUGAAUGCCAGCAACAGUGCCACUUCCUUGAAGGUGAAGAGUGGCAUUGUAGUGGUUGGAUGCAAGGAUGGCUGGAUCCGUACCUUCUCUAGUGAGACCGGAGAGCAGCUGCGAGCUCUUGGGAAGCAUCAACAGGAGGUUACUCAUGUCUUCUUUGACGGGGAAAUCAUCAUUAGCACGGCCCAUCCGGAAGAUGAACGUCAUGUUGAUAAAGAGAGUGAUGAAGACAGCAGUGAAUAUGAGAGAGGUGAUGUAGAGGAAGAAGAGCAACCACAGGACAAUGCUGAGAUGGCGAAAAACAGUUCAGUCCAUGACGGUGCAAAAUUGAGCCGCAAUGGGGACGAAGACCGCGUCCAAAAAGAGUGACCUUCCUCCAGACGAAACGGAGAGGGCGUGAUGACCGUCGCAAAUACGGGACUUGUGCUCCCACAAAGUGGAACUGAAUUUAGUUCCCAAACUGUGUUUCCAGGAUUAAAAUUCUGCUCGACAUUUCACUUGGUCUGGACGAACUUACAAGUGCCGCUCCAAAGACGACUCGCCACCACAUGUUAAAAUGGUGCAGAAGUUAACAAGUCAAAGACUUCUCACAGCCCGCCCUCUUGCAGGGUGUGUCUCUCUCUCUGUCUCCCCCGUUUUUAUAGUCUACAGUUCUCCUAGAAACUUCUUCUCAUGACGUUUGUGGGAAACGGGACCUAGGCCAAACAGACAGCCUAUCUCAACUUAUUUGAAUAUUAAUGAGAGGACAUCUCUACUGCAGACCUCCUGUAGUGAUGGAGUCUUCGUCAUUAUCUGGCAAUUUAGUGGCAUUGCCAACAGAACUGCAUCAUGUCAUACUCCAGUAUCUCUCAGCCCGAGAUCUGUGCCAUAUGGCGCUUUGUAAUCGAUCCUGGAGAGAUGUGGCCAAUCAGGAUGCUCUCUGGCGCCCUCUUUGCCGGCGUAGGAGAUGGGAGCGCUUUGGUACCACAGAAGAUCUUUGCAAGGAGGUGUCGACUGCUUUGCCUGCGGGCAACACUAGCGUUGCCUUCCCGAUAGAAAUGGUCGUAACUGAUUCUGAUUCAUCUACAUUGAUCCAGACUUGCAAAUGGAAGGAAGUGUACAUGAGAGCGCAGCAUCUCGAGGCCAACUGGAUCAACAACUGUUGCCACACUGUCUCCUUUGAGUUCGGAGCAGCUGGCUGUCACGAAUAUUGGGAGAAUCCUGCUGAGUCUGAGUUGCUGGAUCCAAACAAAACCGAGGGAUUAGUAGUGGCCGCUUUGGACGCUGAAGGAGCCUGUCUGGCUGGGAGUCUCUCAAAUAACACCCUGAAAAUCUGGGACAUGUCAACGGGGGAUUGUCAGCACACCAUCACACUAGAUGGUUUCUCUAGUGGGAGCCCGAAUUCCUUGAUGGUUAAGAGUGGCAUUGUAGCAGUUGGAUGCUGGGAUGGCCGGGUCCGAACCUUCUCUGCCCAGACCGGAGAGAAGCAGCGAGUGUUGGGAAAUUUUUACCGGGAAGUAACCCAUGUCCUCUUUGACGGGGAAAUAAUUGUCAGCACGGCCCAUCCCGAAAACGAUCGUUAUACAUAUGAUGAUAGCGGUGAUGAAGAGGAAAGUAAGGGUGAAGAUGGUGAUGACGAUGAUGGUGGUGAUGAGGAAGGAGGUGACAGUGGAGCCGAUGGCAGUGUUGGAGGUGACAUACGAGCCUAUCUUACUCGUUGGGGGGAGCCACGGACCUCUGAUAUGAUAGAAAAGGUAGGAAAUGAAAUUAAGGUCUUUGGGUCUGAAGAUACCUCCAAUUUUCGUCUUCGUUAUGGCUCGGGACGGUCCCCCCUUAUUCAUGUUGACUAUCGUGACAAGAUAGUAGCUGCUGCGUACGAAGCCAAAAUAAUUUGCUUGUGGGAUGCCCAAAGUGGCUCGCGCCAGCAUACAAUCAACACAGGGUUGAACUGUUUGGUGUCGUGCCAUCUUGGUGACGGAAUUGUCAUCGGUACCAACAAAACAAAUGAACCUGUCAUGAAAAUGUGGAAAUUGUCAUCAGGGCAGCUCAUAGAGGCUUUUGACUGUCCCAGUGUCCGCUUUUUCGAUAAAGCAAACGAAAUAAGCAAAGUCUGCGGGCGGAUGUUGUAUCACUUUGAUCCGAAUAACGCAUUUAUUGUUGGUCGAUCAAAAUAUGGAAUGCUGGGCAUGUUUGGCUUAGACGGGAGCUACUAUGGUGAUACAAAAAGCUUCAAAGUGGCUGAUGACUUUGAAGACCACUUGAGGUUGAUUGUACCCUGCCUCCACGGCAACAAAAUCAUCGGAGGUGAGUGUUGUGAUGGAAGAAUGUUCUUGUUCAUACUCAGUAGUGCAGGCGGCUUCAAGCUGGUCAGAGAGGUGAGACCCAUGAUGCAAGAACUUUUUGCUGGGCUUGACAAUGUCAAUCCUCUGCAUGCUUGGAUGAGUACCACCAAACUGGUAUUUGUCUCUUACUUCCGGUAUGAGGAGAAGGAGGAAAUUCAAGUGCCCAAGAUCGUCAUUCACCAUUACUGGUGAAGAGUACUCACUGACUCUCUCUUGCCAUCUGUGACUUGGGUUCAAAUCCCACCCUGGCUCUUGGCCCAAGACUGGUUCAGCUGUAUGUUUUAUGUUUUUUCCAGGAUUUCCUCCUAACUUCAAAACUGAUCAUUUCCCCCUUAUCGUCAAAGGUUUCACUUUUAUUUUAGACUUUAAGAGCUUUUCUGUGUCGUUUUUGAGACAUUUGUUUGAAAUUUUCUUGGAAUGAAAGUACAUGUCUUCACGGGUUUAUGUUUUCAAUAAGUUCACUGACUUUGACAUGAUUCAGCUGUUCAGGGCUCUGGCUGUUGAAAUAGUAUACUGUCAAUUCCGUGGGGGUGUAUUUGGUACGCGUACGUGAUGAAGCUCAAAUCGGACAAGUGACACUUCACUUUUCAAGUUACGUCACAUAAUUAAAAUAUUAAAAAGGAUGUAACCAAAAGUAUAUACACGUAUGAUAUAA